UAGCUGCUUCAAAACAUGAGAAAAAAAACCCUUCUACUACAUUACAGGUGCAAACAUUUGCCGAGAGCUGAACUCUUAAAGAUGGAUGAGACAACCACCUUCAGCACCACAGAUUAUGACUAUUCAUCCUUCAUUUCUGAUUCCAAUGAUUCCCUGUAUACCUCCAUCCUGCUUCCCAUCCUCUACUCUGUGGUAUUCCUGACUGGAGUCGUGGGGAACCUGAUACUGAUGGGGAGCUUAUGUUUCAAGAAGGGGAGCAGCAGGCGGAUAGAUAUCUUCAUCGUCAAUCUGGCAGCCUCCGAUUUUGUUUUCCUUGUCACACUGCCACUCUGGGUGGAUAAGGAGGCCUCCUCCGGGCUCUGGAGGACCGGCUCCUUCCUCUGCAAGAGCAGCUCUUACAUCAUCUCAGUCAACAUGUACAGCAGUGUCUUCUUCCUCACCUGCAUGAGUGCAGACCGCUUCUUGUCCAUCGUGUGUCCUUCCAGUUCCCGGAGAAUCAGAAGUAGAUCUUUUGCAGCCGGAGCCUGUAUUAGUGUGUGGCUUUCCUCUUGUAUUUUAGGAUUGCCUACGGCGUUACAUAGGACGUUGACAUUCACUGAAGGAAAACCCUUCUGCAUAGACAUUGGAGCUACACCCACCAAACGGGCUUAUGCCCUGGUAUCCUUGAUUUUCACUUUUUUUGUCCCCUUGCUGAGCAUCCUGGCCUGCUACUUGUCCAUUAUGAGGAAGCUGUGUGUUCACUAUCAACAUUCUAGAAAACACAACAAGAAGCUGAGGAACUCCAUCCAGAUCAUCUUCUUCGUAGUCAUGGCCUUUGUCUUCAGUUGGGCCCCUUUUAACACAUUCAAACUUCUCUCCAUCAUCUCCGGGCUCCAGGAAGAUAGCUUCUUUUCUUCAAGAACUCUCCAGCUGGGCAUGGAGUUCAGCAGUCCCUUGGCAUUUGCCCACAGCUGCAUCAACCCUUUCAUCUACUAUGGAUUCGAUAGUUAUAUCCGCCGGGCUAUCGGUCAGAGGCUGUGUUCCUGUCUGAGGAGCCAAGACUAUGGAAGCAGUACCGAAACCUCAGAAAGCCACCUGAGUAAGAUUAACUUCAACUAUGUGGAAGAUUCGAUUAGAAAAAGGAAGAAUUCUGUGUUACUCUGAAGAGAUCUGGGCAUUUCAGGAAAUUGGUUACCUCUAAUGGGGAGUGCUAGGAGGGGGAAGGUGGUUUCGAAUGGAAAAGAGGAGGGUGGGGAGCACAAAUUUGGGGUGAGGGAAAUAGGGAUGAGGGAAUUUGGUUACAUCUUAUACAUUCCAGGAUAAGAUAACACAUAUAGAUAACUCUGAAGUAAUGCUGUUGCCUAGAGGAAGGAUAAGUUGUGGAUAUGGCUGGGAAGGUUGCUGCUUUUGUGACUUGACUUGCUUGCCCAUUAUCAAUUAUGUUUGUAGUUUAGGAGUAUUUCUCCAUCUUUUGCAGUACCAGGACUCAACACUGUUUGUGAUGGACCCUCUAAUUUGUGCUGUCUAAGUCAUAAUAACAAUAAUCAUGAUGUAGUUAAGCACUUACUAUGUGCCAAGCACUGGGUCAUGACACGUGGCUCUAAACUACUCUGUCUCCUGUCCUGGCAAUGAUUAAAAUGACAUUUGAAAAUAGCCUUUGAGUUUCAAGAAUGUGACAAUAUGUUGAUAGCACUGAGAAUAUAUUUAUGCUUAUACUCUAGUUGACUAGUUUCUACUGUAGAUUAUGGCCUCAAACUAUAAAGUCCACAAGGCUUGAGACUUCAUUAUGGUCAUCCUACACUCUAUCACAACAAUUAUCAACUGGAACUGCUUCAUAUUAAAUGUAAAAUACACAUCUCUUGAACCUUCCAGCCUCCCAGUCCGCAGAGUCAGUGUCUGAAUAUCUUUGGAUAAUAGGAUAAUAGGACAAGGUGUCUUUUCAAGACAGGCUUUUUUUGGCUUACUAAUAAGGGAGAAAAAGGUUUUUUUCAUGGUUAUAUUACAUUUUACAUGUAUUCUGUUAAAGAUGUUAGACCUUUUUAUCCUAACCCCAACAGUUUUAUGCAUUAAUGUUAUAACUUUUCUUAAUCACUUGGCUUUAAUUGCACAAAUUCUCAGUAGAUUAGUGGAGAAAUGUCAUAAACAGUCUAGGGGCGCUGGAAUUGCUGGAACUAGUCCUAAGGGCUAGUUGAGGAUCUCCCCUUUGGUUUCCUGAAGGCAUUUUGUCUUUCUACCCAUUUUUUUUUAGAAUGCAUGGUAGGAGUACCAUAGAAUCUAAUUCUGAUGGGAACCUCCUAUUUUAAGGACAGCCACAUCAAAUAAUAUUGAUGCUUAAACUACAAUCUCAAGGGCCACAAUCUCUUUGCUGUAACACUCAUGCAUAUUACUAUGCAUUCUGUUGAAGAGAUAAAGCUAAAUGAAUUACUCCCACAUAAAAUCAGAAAAAAGUAUGAUGAGCAAUUGCCUGGUUAAUGUGCACAGUAACUAUAUAAGUGACUUUAGUUAUGCUGAAAAAAAUAUAUAUAUAUACACACACACGUGCAUAUUCUAUACCACCUGAGCCAGAGCUUGCACCUGCAAAGACCUGGGGGGGUGGGGGGGGGGAGGGAGUAGAUUAAAAAAAAAAAGAACAAACCAUGUACUCAAAUAAGUUUUUCAUUUGAAUAUCUGCAUCUUGCAGAGAACCCUUAAUGGAGUUUCUGAAAUUUCAUAUAGAGAGUGGGGACAUUGUUUUAAAAUUCACUCUAACAGAUGUAAUAAAGAUUAGAGAUUGUUGAGUAUUUUCUCGACCAUUGUGCUGGAAUGUACCUUCUAAUGUAAUAUUCUGCAUGCAAUUCACUAUUUAUGGGAAUAGUUUACAAAGAAAUAAACAUGCUUCUUGAAAUAAGAGCUAUUUAAAAAUUGAAUUUGCCAUAUUUGUGUAGAACAUUUCAUUUAUCUCAUGAUUCUUUAUUAAAUAAAAUCAUCUCUCUUUAGUCAA